GAUGGAUAGUAGUUGAGAUCUGCCCCUUCACUUAAAAAUUAAUUUAAAGCUUUUUCAUCUGUGAACUUAAAGCUCCAUACCCCAGCAGAACUACUUCGAACACUAUAGACACUACUCGUAACGUCUAUAUAAGACAUCCAAUACUGACAUUACAGAUACCCAUUCUUCAUCAGAACUUUCCCAUUCAUUUUCUGUGUCAGUAUAUAUAUUUCAAUUAUGGGUAAGAUUGAACUUGAGGUAGAGAUUAAAUCAUCACCAGAAAAGUUCUGGGAGGGUAUCUGUGACUCUACUGUUCUCUUUCCUAAGAUCUUCCCUGAACAAUACAAAAGCAUUGAAAUUGUUGAAGGGGAUGGAAAGAGUGUCGGCACCGUCCGUCUCGUGACAUAUGGAGAAGCAAUUCCUAUUGUUACUUUCGCUAAGGAGAAGAUCGAGGUCGCUGACGAGACAACUAAGUCAUUAGCUUACACUGUUAUUGAUGGAGAAAUAGCAACUCUUUUCAAGUUUUUUACAGCCAAUCUGCAAAUUUCUCCAAAGGGUGAUGGAAGCUCGAUAAAGUUUUCUGUAGAAUUUGAAAAGGCAAGUGAUGAGGUUCCUGAUCCAGACCUAAUCUUGGAAUUGGCAAUGAAGACCUUCAGCGAAUUUGAUGCUUACCUUCUCAAGGCAUAGCAGAAUUUGAUGUUUAUUUUUUCUUAUAAACGUAUAUGCAGGAGUUUCCUCUCCACUUAAAUAAUGUGUGGUUGUCUGAAAAGUGUAUUUCUUUCUUGCUGGUGUGCUAGUUUGAUGCAAAUGUAAUGGUCUUAGUCUCUUAAUUUAUCUGAGGGAGUACUACUUAUGCCCUGGAAGUGAAGACUAAGUUUCACUAUGUGCUCUCUUCGUAAUAAGAUCACGAAAGUAAAGAUCAAACUUGGUUUUAAUCA